CUGACGCACUAAUGCUCAGAGAGGGGAGGGGAAGGGACGGACAGCCGUGGCCAGAUGGAGCUGUGUUUGUUUGGAAGCAGCUAACUGCUGCUGAGAGCAGGACACACUGUCGACUCUGGUGUGUAUUAACGGGAGGAGAAGAAGACAUCACACCCAGUCAGGGCAGCGACGGGUCAACAGACUGCCGGCGUGCGCCUCUGAGGACAGGCCCUGUGCUGUAAUGUAGCUGUGCGGCUCAGUGUGGCCUUCUCUGCAGCUUCAAGGUCGGCAACCUCAGGGAGCUGUCCCCAUCUGGAUCUCAACCCCCCCGCAGAACUCCAUGGAUUCCCCGCCGUAGCUCCUCCGCUUCUCUGUAAACCUGCGCCAUGGAAGGCCGGACCGCUCCGGAGGAGGGUGUGAGGCCCGGACUGCUGUGAGCGAACGGUUGUCCCUGCCUGAUCCUGUGACGGAAACUGAGGGAAUGGGCCCAGCCUCACUGCAGGAGGAGAGGGACCUGGGCAAAGAGUCUGAGGAGGAGAUGGAGAGCUACCGCUGCCUUCUGCGGGCCGGCUCCCAGCUGGAGAGCACCUUACAGCAGGUGACUGUGCCUGUGAGCCUGAAGGAAGUAGGCGGCUAUAUAGAGAAACAGGUUGCAUAUCUGUCAGGGGGACGUGGGGAAGACUCCAGCGUCAUCAUCACCCUCCCAGAGUGCUCAGCAUUCAGUGACAUUCCAGAGGACGCUUUAGCCAAAGUCUUUACCUACCUCACUCUCAUCCCUCGGACCAGACAGCCUGGAGUUAAAUUUAUCAUCAUCUUAGACCGAAGACUGGACACAUGGGCCUCUAUCAAAGCAGCCCUUGCCAGAAUAGCAGCCUCCUUUCCUGGGAACCUCCACCUGGUCUUGGUGCUCCGACCCACCAGCUUCUUCCAUCGUACUGUAACAGAUAUUGGUUUCCGCUUCAGCCAGGAUGACUUCAUGCUCAAGAUGCCAGUGGUGAUGCUGAGUUCUGUCACAGACCUGCUGCGCUACAUUGACGAGAACCAGCUGACAUCCGAGUUUGGAGGCACUUUGGACUACUGUCACAGUGACUGGAUUGUUUUGCGGACGGCCAUUGAAAGUUUCGCAGUGACGGUAAAAGACAUUGCUCAGAUGCUGCAGGGGUUUGGGACCGAGCUGGCGGAGGCAGAGCUUCCAGACGAGGGGAAAGCCAUUGAACAGCUCCUUGAGACUCACACUGAAAAGUACAAAAAGCUCAAGGAUGCAAUCAGGUCAGUUUCAAAGGAGGGUCGACACCUUCUGUCCAACCUGGAGAUAAGUGGGAAGGAUGACGACUCCCAGUGGGACGUGAAGCUGGAUUGGGAGACAGUACAGAGUUCCUCUUUCAGGCUCCUUGCCCAGCUCAGAGACAUGGAGUUGGCCUUUGACGGCUUCUUUGAGAAGCAUCAUCUGAAACUCCACCAGUACCUGCAGCUGCUUCGAUAUGAACAAAGCUUUCAGGAGAUGGAAUUAUGUCUUGAGCAUCUCAUGCAUCAGGAGAGGGAAUUAUCCAUAAAUGUGAGCACUGUGGCUCAAACAGAGCACGCUCUGAAAAUGCUUGACAGCCUGGAAUCCAAUGCACAGGAAGUGAUGUCUCGAGCCCAGAUCAUCAUCCUCCACGGACACCAGCUAUCUGCAGCUCACCACUAUGCCAUGGCGCUCAUUAUGCAGCGCUGCAACGAGCUCCGCCACCACUGUGACACACUCUCUGCUGCGCUUAAGUCCAAGCACUCUUUUCUGAUGCAGACACACCAGCUAUUGCUUUGUCUUGGGCAGGCCCAGACUUGGUGUGAUGAUGGAGCGUAUAUGUUGGCAAACCAACUAGUAGACAAGUCCCAGUCCAAAGAAGGUGCCCAGACAUCUUUAAGGGACAUUGAGAAGUUCCUGGAGGGGGCGCCAUCCAUGCUGAGCUCAGGUCAUGAUGUUCUGGCUAUGGAGUACGAGGCUGUCAUCACACCUCAGCUACAGACUCAGAUUGGGAAAGUGUUUGAAAAGCACGCAACAGUACAGCAGAUGAUCCAGAACCGGCAAGCUUGUUUGAGGAAGCUGGCUGACAAACAGGUGCGACCAAUCCAGCUGGUGGCCCCCAGGCCGGAGAACCAACCGCGCUCCAAAUCACCGCUCUUCUCCCCAAAGCACGGGGAUGGCUUGAAGUUCACAUUUGACAUUUCUCUUCCUGGGAAGAAAUCGUCCCGGAAAAGUCCAAACACCAGAAAAAUAGAGGUGAUUCAUGACUACCAGGAGAGCCGCAGCUGUGUUUCAUACAGUCUGGAUGGAGACGACAGCCCGGAUGUCUUGAAACGUCAUGUGAUGAGGGAACUUAUAGAGACUGAGAGAGUCUAUGUUGAGGAGCUGCUAUCAGUGCUGCUGGGUUAUAGGGCUGAAAUGGACGACCCAGCUCUAUCAGGGCUUCUGCCGCCUAUACUACGCAGUAAGAGAGAUAUUCUCUUUGGAAACAUGCCUGAGAUCUACAACUUUCACAGCAGAGUUUUCCUUCAAGACCUUGAAGGCUGUCUGGAGGCUCCUGAGACUGUAGGAGCUUGUUUUCUCCAGCGGAAAGAAAGUUUCCAGAUGUAUGAAAUGUACUGUCAGAAUAAGCCACGUUCUGAAGCACUGUGGAGACAAUUCUCAGACUGUGCCUUUUUUCAGGAGUGUCAAAAGAAGCUGGAGCACAAACUGGGCCUGGAUUCCUACCUGCUUAAACCGGUCCAGCGCCUCACAAAAUACCAGCUGCUGCUCAAGGAGCUGCUCAAGUACAGCCCAGAUUGUGAGGGCACCUCUGAGCUGCAGGGGGCGCUGACAGCCAUGCUGGAUCUGCUCAAAUCAGUCAACGACUCCAUGCAUCAAAUCUCCAUUACAGGAUAUGAGGGGGAAAUCUGUGAACUGGGCCGUGUGCUGAUGCAGGGCUCUUUCAGUGUGUGGAUCAGCCACAAGAGAGGUCCCACUCGCAUGAAGGAGCUGGCUCGCUUCAAACCGAUGCAGAGACACUUCUUCCUGUAUGAGAGGGCUCUGCUUUUGUGUAAACGUAGAGAGGAUCAUGGAGAAGGGAGUGACAAGACGCCUUCCUACAGCUUCAAGCACUGUCUCAAG